AUGGCUUCAACCCGUAUACUGUCUUGUAAAAAUGGCCACAGUGGCCCAACACACGAGUCCUUGCAGGCUGUCUUUGACCUACAACCCUUCAGGCCAGCCGUGAACCUCAGCAAUCCCACCAUAGCCAACAUCUCCUUCACUUUGUAUGCUGUCCUCGGUGUGAAUGAGAAAACACAGAUACUCACUACUUUCUUGUGGCUGAGACUGUACUGGCACAAUGAGUUCCUGGUCUGGGAUCCGAAGGAGUGUGAUGGUGUCACUAAGAUUUCUCUACCUGUGAAGGAGCUCUGGUCUCCGGAUAUCAUUGUUUAUGAGUUUGUGGAUGACGAUGUCUCCCAGGCAUGUCCUUACGUCUACGUUAACCACACGGGUCACAUCCGCUGGGACAGGAUGCUGCGGCUCGUCUCAUCCUGCAAUCUGGAGAUCUUCAGUUUUCCUUUUGAUGUGCAGAACUGCACAUUUACAUUUGGCUCUUACAUGCACACCAUACGGGAUGUGAGGGUCAGUCCAGCUCUGCCCUUUAAGGAGAUGUCUCUAAACUCAAAACGAUACCUGGAAGCAAGUGGAGAGUGGGAGCUGGUGGACAUACUGGGAGAGACCUCCAUACUUAAGUUUGGAAUCGAUGAAUGGGACAUCAUCACCUUCUGGGUGGUCGUAAAGCGGCGCCCAGUGCUCUACGUGGUCAACCUUCUGAUCCCAAGCUCUUUCCUCAUGCUCAUUGACAUCCUGUCCUUCUACCUGCCUCCCCAUAGCGUCGACCGUGCCUCCUUCAAAAUGACCCUCAUCCUGGGCUACACAGUCUUCCUGCUCAUCAUGAACGACCUGCUGCCAAGUACAGCAAAUGGCACUCCCAUCAUAGGUAUCUAUUUCUCAGUGUGUCUUGCCCUCAUGGUUAUCAGUCUACUGGAAACAGUCAUCAUUACCAACGUCCUCCACCAUAACUCCUUGAAAUAUCGGGAGGUUCCAAAGUGGGUUAGGGUUGUUGUGCUCAAACAUAUAGCAAACCUCAUCUGCUACCGCUGGCCAGAAGAUAGCUGCCAGUCGCCUUCUACACCACAGAAGGAUAAACCUGGAAACUCCAAUGGCAGUUCUGGUCCAUGGAUCAUUCAGCCAGCUAGCCGGGCACCUGACCAGCUCCCAGUUAGUAACGGUACAUCUGCUCUGCCUGAACUGCAACAGAUCUGUCAGUACCUUGCUGAACUUCGUGCCCACCUCGUCUCUCUGCAGAAGGAAAGCCAGCUGUUGGACCAGUGGUGCCAUGUAGGAUAUGUCCUUGACUUCCUGCUCUUUCGUAUCUAUCUACUGAUCAUCAGCUGCUAUGCUAUGGUUAUUGUCACAAUGUGGUGCAUUUGGAUCACUCAAACCUAA